AUGGAAGAAGGCUUUACGGUGAAGUCUUGUGCUGCUGCGAUUAGAAACAGAAGUUCCUUGGCCUAUUUAGAGGAAGCAGAGCGAAAAAAAUUGAGUUUCUUGUGGAAUUUAGAGGCUCCCUCUAAGGUAAAAGUCUUAUCUUGGAGAAUGGUUUUGGGUAGGAACCCGACGAGAAAUCAAAUUAAGAGGAGAGGCAUUCUUCGCGAUGAUAAUGACUGUUGCUGUGUUUUUUGUUUUAGACACGAGGAGGAUUCUAACCAUCUAUUUGUGGAUUGCCCGAUUUUGGAUAAACUUUGGGAAAAAGUGGGAGUUUGGAUAGGUAAUUCAAUUUCGUUAUCGAACCUUGAGCUUAGAAAUUAUCUUGCUUUCUUUGAUAAAAUUAAGGUGCUAGACGAAAGAUUAAUUGUUGGAGGUAUAUGGUGUUAG